UCACCGUAUUAAAGCAUUAAUUAAAUGCAGUGUUCAAUUAUAAUUGGCUCAAUACAAUUGCAUUUUUUUGGUGUGUAACAAAAACCAUUGUGUUUUCAACUCUCUUUAAUUUUUAUUUACUGGCAUUGUUAAGUAGAGCACAUAAACUUAAUGUAAUCUUCCUCUAUAAAUAUGGAUUAUGUAACUGCUUAGUCAGUAUUUGGAAACCCUGGUGGUGUAGUGGUUAAGAGUUUGACUGCCAACUAAAAGGUCAGCAGUUUGAAUCCACAAGAAGCUCCUGGAAACCCUAUAGAGCAGUUCUACUCUGACCUAUAGGGUUGAUAUGAGUUGAUUUCAAUUCGAUGACAACAGGUUUUGUUUGUUGUUGUUGUUGUUGUUGUUUAGUCAAUAUUCAGAGGCAGAAUAUUACUGUGUGGGUGUGUAAUGCUUAUAGCCCAACAUGCACUGAUGCUGCUGGUCAAAACCAAGAGAUUGUGCAUUUGAAGAGAUAUAUGAUAGCAGUUGUUAAGUGGAUCCAAAAAGAAAAAUUUCCAAAUUUCUGAGAGAGUUAAAAGUCAAUUUCCAGGUACAAUAUUCUAAUGAGUUAUUAAGUAAUAUCAUUAUUUCUUCACAUUUAGUUGCAAAAGUAUUAUAUUUUUCCAGCUCUGUUAUUUCGUUCCUUUUAAGAUUAGAGAGCAGAGUCUGCAGAUCAAUGGAGGGAUUCAACCAUUCCAGAGUGUCUGAAUUCGUGUUACUUGGACUUACUGAUUCCUCUGAGCUCCAGAUUUUCCUCUUUGUGAUGUUUUCUAUUUUCUAUUUAAUGACCAUGUUGGGCAACAGUCUGAUUUUGCUCACGGUCAUAUCCACUCCACACCUCCACUCCCCCAUGUACUUCCUGCUGAGCAACUUGUCUCUCAUUGACAUGUGCCUGUCCUCCUUUGCCACUCCGAAGAUGAUCAUGGACUUCUUUACUCAACACAAGACCAUCUUCUUCGAGGGCUGCAUUUCACAGAUCUUCUUUUUGCACCUCUUUACUGGAACUGAGAUUGUGCUGCUUAUCUCCAUGUCCUUUGACAGAUACAUUGCCAUAUGCAAACCUCUUCAUUAUUCAGGGAUUAUGAGCCAAAGAGUGUGUGUUGGGCUUGUGGUGACUUCUUGGACAGUGGGAUUCCUACAUACAAUGAGCCAGUUAGCUUUUACACUUUAUUUGCCCUUCUGUGGCCCUAAUGUUGUAGACAGUUUCUUCUGUGACCUUCCUUUGGUCAUCCAGCUGGCUUGUGUAGAUAUUUAUGCUCUUGGGAUCUUCAUGAUUUCAACUAGUGGUGUGAUUGCUCUUACAAGUUUUCUGCUUUUGCUUACCUCCUACAUCAUUGUUCUUGUCACUAUCAAGAGCCACUCCUCCAAAGGAUCAUCCAAGGCUCUUUCCACCUGCAUGGCACACUUCAUAGUUGUAUUCUUGUUCUUUGGGCCUUGCAUCUUCAUCUAUGUGUGGCCUUUCUCAAAUUUCCUGGUGGAUCAAGUUCUCUCUGUUUUCUAUACCAUUUUCACCCCCUUUCUGAAUCCACUUAUCUAUACUUUGAGAAACAAGGAAGUGAAGACAGUUAUGAAGAAGAAACUAAGUAACCAAUACUUUAAUGUUGGGAAAACUACACCAUGUUAUUCAGUACAAUGA